UGUAAGCCAUUGUUCACUCCCCUCCAUUUGCUCUCCACAGUCUCCUCCUCCUUGAGUCUGAAACAGCUGAGUGAGAGAGAGAGAGAGAGAGAGAGAGAGAGAGAGAGGUGAGAGAGGGAGAUGGCUCCAGCCAUUUCUCUAGGCUUAUCUCUCUUUAUCUUCAAAGUCUGACCUUGACAUAGAAUGAAUGAAAAUCUGAAUCUGACCAUUACCACAGCGCUUCUCCAAAAGAAGAUGGCUCAUCAGCAUCAAAAUGAAAAACAGAAGUUUCCAUUUUUAUUAGAUGCUUUGUACUGUGAAGAAGAGCACUGGGAAGGACUCGAUAAAGAGGACUGUUUCAUCAGUAAUGAAGAAGAGAGCCGUAUUGACGGUAAACCUCCAUUGUUAAUGGAGCAAGACUUGUUCUGGGGAGAGGAAGAGUUAUGCUCUUUGUUCAACAAAGAACAAGAAAAUGACUUGUACAAUAGUCUCAAGACAAAUCCGUCUCUGGCUGGGGCUAGAACCGACGCAGUUGAAUGGAUGCUAAAGGUCACUGCUUUUUACUCUUUCUCUGCUCCUACUGCAGUUCUUGCAGUCAACUAUUUGGAUCGGUUUCUCUUCAGCUUCCAAUCCCACAAUGAGAAGAAGCUUUGGAUGACUCAACUUGCUGCUGUGGCUUGUCUUUCUCUUGCUGCCAAAGUUGAGGAGACUCAAGUGCCCCUCCUUUUGGAUUUCCAAGUGGAAGAAUCUAAAUAUGUAUUUGAGGCAAAGACAAUACAGAGAAUGGAGAUCCUGGUUCUGUCCACUCUUGAGUGGAAAAUGAACCCUGUGACCCCACUUUCAUUUCUUGAUUUUGUGACAAGAAGACUAGGAUUAAAGAACCACAUUUAUUGGGAAUUCCUUAAAAGAUGCGAGUUCCUUCUUCUCUUUAUCAUUUCCGAUUGCAGAUUUAUGUCCUAUCUUCCUUCUGUGAUGGCCACUGCCACAAUGCUGCAUGUUAUCGUCAGCGUAGAGCCCUGUCUUGGAGUAGAAUACCAAGACCAACUCUUGGGCAUUCUUGGCAUCAACAAGGACAAAGUGGAGGAAUGCUAUCGGCUAAUUUCAGAGGUGGCAUCAGCCUAUCAUUUCCAUUCAUCCAACAAACGCAAGUUUAGAUCAUUUCCUGGCAGCCCAAAAGGUGUUAUGGACUUGUCAUUCAGCUCUGAGAGCUCAUCCAAUGAUUCUUGGUCAGUAGCAGGAGCAUCAGUUUCUUCAUCACCGGAGCCUUUGACUAAGAAGAGUAGGGCUCAGGCUGGUCAAAAGGAGGACCAGCAACAACAGCAUGCACAAGAACAAGAACUUGACCAUGCAACCGCAUCAGAUAGCACCCCCGGAUAGUCCGUCGAUAUUGGUCUCUCUCAUUAAAAUCUUUCUUUUGGACUAGCUAGUAAAUAACUAGUCUACCACUACCUUCAUGUUCAAUAAAUUUUUUCAUGUUAAAUUGCUCACCAUCUCUGCAAUUCAAUCCCAUUUGGGUACUGCUGUAUGAACCUGUGGAAGUAGAGAUGGUGGGCAUUUUAUCCGGAAGAAUUAGUAAAAUAUGCUAGGAACUUGAACAUAUUCUCGAAGAGUACCCAAAAAAAGGACUUAGUUACCGAGUCAAGUCAUUUAUUUUCCUCUUUAUUAUCUACCUGUAAAAUUCUUUCUUAUUGAAAUUGGGAAAUGGAAAAAUCUCACAGCAUCGGCUGUGGCAUUAAUGAGUA